CCGGGGGCGGCCGGUGACCCCGGGCAGACCCGGCCAGGGCAGCGCAAAAUGCACGGCGACUGUCCCGGAGAGGAGCGGCGGCCGCGCUGAGCCAGAGCCAUGAGCCGCCCCAUCCCGCUGCUCCUGGCCGCGCUGACCCUGGGCCUGACCGCCGCCCAGCACCAGGACGAGGCCCGCUGCGCGACGGUGGACGAGGAGGCCUCGUGCCGGGGCCUGGGUCUGCUCGAGGUGCCCUCGGCGCUGCCCCUGGGUCGGAGCCUGGACCUGUCUGGGAACCAGCUGCGGAGCGUGGCGGCCUUCCCGCUGGGCCGGUACGCCCUGCUGCGCCGCCUGGACCUGAGCGCCAACGCCAUCAGCUCCGUGCAGCCCGGCGCGCUGGGGGCCCUGCCGCGCCUGGAGCACCUCAGCCUGGCGCGCAACCGCCUGGCGCUGGGCCCGCAGGGCGCCCUGGGCCUGCCGCCCGCCCUGCGCUCCCUGGACCUCUCGGGCAACGGCCUGUACAGCGGGCUGGCGGAGCGGCUGCUCGGGGAGGCCCCGGGCCUGCGCGCGCUCUCCCUGGCCGAGAACAGCCUGACGCGGCUCACGCCCCGCACCUUCCGCGGCCUGCCCGCCCUGGAGCGGCUGGACCUGCACGGCAACGUGCUGCUGGACAUCGAGGAGGGCGCCUUCGAGGCCCUGCCCCGCCUGGCGCACCUCAACCUCUCCCGGAACUCGCUCACCUGCAUCUCCCGCUUCGGCCUCCCGCAGCUGCGGGUGCUCGACCUGAGCCGCAACAGCAUCGGCUUCCAGACGGCGCCCGCGCCCCCCGCCCCGCUCCAGCUGGCCUGGCUCGACCUGCGCGAGAACCGGCUGCUGCGCUUCCCCGACCUGGCCGCCCUCCCCCGGCUCGCCUACCUGAACGCGUCCGGCAACCUCCUGCGCCUCCCGGGCGGGGGGGCCCCUCCUCGCGCCGCUCCCGCCCCGGCCGCAACGCCAGCGCGCGCCCCCCCCGCCCCGCUCCUGCACCUGGACCUGAGCUCCAACGAGAUCGAGCUGGUUCCCGACGGCUUCCUGGAGCCGCUGACCUCCCUGCGGUUCCUGAACCUCAGCGGCAACUGCCUGCGGGCGUUCGCGGCCCCGCGCGCCGGCACGCUGCCCGGCCUGCUCCUCCUGGACCUGAGCCACAACGCCCUGGCGGCCCUGGAGCCCGGCGCCGGGGCCCUGGGCUCCCUGCGGACGCUGCUCCUGCGGGACAACGCGCUGCGGGACCUGGGGCCGCGCACCUUCAGCGGCCUGGCCGGCCUGCGGAGCCUCGACCUGCAGGGGAACCGGCUCACGCCCUGCGCGGGGCUCCCCGAGGAGGCCGGGCCCCCCCGCGGCUGCGUCUCCCUCUCGGGCCUCCCCGCCCUCCGCGCGCUGAACCUGGCGGGCAACGCCAUGGAGACGCUGCCCCCGGGCGCCUUCCUGCGCACCCCGCUGGCGGAGCUCGACCUGUCCCGCAACCCGGGCCUGCGGGUGUCGGCGGGCGCCCUGGCCGGCCUGGAGGCCUCCCUGGAGGCGCUGGCGCUGCAGGGCCUGGGGCUGACCGACCUGCCGGUGGACCUGCCCCGCUUCCCCCGCCUGGCGCGGCUCAACCUGGCCGAGAACCGUCUGAGCCGCCUGCGCUGGACGCGGGCCGUGGCCCUCGAGGAGCUGGACCUGCGCAACAACAGCUUCCGCCUCCUGCGCAGCGCCAUGGGCGGCCUGGAGCCCAGCCUCCGCCGCCUCUACCUGCGCGGCAACCCGCUCAGCUGCUGCGGCAACGCCUGGCUGGCCGCCCAGCUGCACGGGGGCCGCGUGCGCGUGGACGCCACGCGGGACCUGCCCUGCCGCUUCGGCGCGCGGGCCCAGCUGGCCCUGAGCCGCGUGCGCCCCGAGGACUGCGGCCAGCAGGACCCCCAGCCCCGCGGCCUCGCCCUGCUGCUCACCCUGGCGCUGGCCGCCGCCGCCCUGCUCGCCACGCUCGCCACCUGCUGCUGCCUCCGCCGGCAGAGGUUCCGCCGGCGGUACAAGGCCUAG